AUGCAGAUCUUCGUUAAGACCCUUACUGGUAAAACUAUCACCCUCGAAGUUGAACCAUCUGAUACUAUCGAGAAUGUUAAGGCCAAAAUCCAAGACAAAGAGGGAAUUCCCCCAGAUCAACAACGUUUAAUCUUCGCAGGAAAGCAACUGGAAGACGGAAGAACCUUGUCUGACUACAAUAUUCAAAAAGAGUCCACACUCCACUUGGUUCUUCGUCUCAGAGGAGGAAUGCAAAUAUUCGUUAAAACCCUUACUGGUAAAACAAUCACCCUCGAAGUUGAACCAUCUGAUACUAUCGAGAAUGUUAAGGCCAAAAUCCAAGACAAAGAGGGAAUUCCCCCAGAUCAACAACGUUUAAUCUUCGCAGGAAAGCAACUGGAAGACGGAAGAACCUUGUCUGACUACAAUAUUCAAAAAGAAUCUACGCUCCACUUGGUUCUUCGUCUCCGAGGAGGAAUGCAAAUAUUCGUUAAGACUCUUACUGGUAAAACUAUCACCCUCGAAGUUGAACCUUCUGAUACUAUCGAGAAUGUUAAGGCCAAAAUCCAAGACAAAGAGGGAAUUCCCCCAGAUCAACAACGUUUAAUCUUCGCCGGAAAGCAACUGGAAGAUGGAAGAACCUUGUCUGAUUACAAUAUUCAAAAAGAGUCCACGCUCCACUUGGUUCUUCGUCUCAGAGGAGGGAUGCAAAUAUUCGUUAAAACCCUUACUGGUAAAACUAUCACCCUCGAAGUUGAACCAUCUGAUACUAUCGAGAAUGUUAAGGCCAAAAUCCAAGACAAAGAGGGAAUUCCCCCAGAUCAACAACGUUUAAUCUUCGCCGGAAAGCAACUGGAAGAUGGAAGAACCUUAUCUGACUAUAACAUUCAGAAAGAAUCCACCUUGCAUUUAGUACUUCGUCUCAGAGGAGGGAUGCAAAUAUUCGUUAAAACCCUUACUGGUAAAACUAUUACCCUCGAAGUUGAACCAUCUGAUACUAUCGAGAAUGUUAAGGCCAAAAUCCAAGACAAAGAGGGUAUUCCCCCAGAUCAACAACGUUUAAUUUUCGCUGGAAAGCAACUGGAAGACGGAAGAACCUUGUCUGACUACAAUAUUCAAAAAGAAUCUACGCUCCACUUAGUUCUUCGUCUCCGAGGAGGAAUGCAAAUAUUCGUUAAAACCCUUACUGGUAAAACUAUUACCCUCGAAGUUGAACCAUCUGAUACCAUCGAGAAUGUUAAGGCCAAAAUCCAAGACAAAGAGGGAAUUCCCCCAGAUCAACAACGUUUAAUCUUCGCCGGAAAGCAACUGGAAGACGGAAGAACCUUGUCUGACUACAAUAUUCAAAAAGAGUCUACACUUCACUUGGUUCUUCGUCUAAGAGGUGGAAAUUUUUAAGUUUUUUUAAUAACCACUUAAUGGAUAUGAACUGAUUUUUUUAGAGUAUUAAUAAAUAUUUCCUUAUAGUAAAAA